AUGGAUUCUAGCCGCUCCAGUCAGCGGCCUACGACCAGCCAAAAGCCUCUCGGAGUUUCGACAGAGACUGACAUUGAGACGGGACCUCGAGAAGUCCGCUCCUCUCUUGGUUCUCAGGGGGGUGUCGUCGUUAGCGAAGACAGUUUGAAACUACCAAAAGUAGAUGGAGGAAAAGAUGCCUGGUUGUUUCUUGUGGGCUGUUUUGUAUUUGAAGCUUUAGUUUGGGGUUUCCCCUUUUCUUUUGGUGUUUUCGAAACGUACUACACAAACAACCUCCCCUUUUCACAACACCCGAGUGGCAUUGCUGCAAUCGGUACCUGCUCUUCAGGAGGCAUGUAUCUCAUUGCGCCUCUCACGCUGUACAUCCUCGAGGCGUGGCCGUCCCUUCGUCGUUUAUCGUCUAUUUUCGGUCUCACCAUUGUUGUUACAGCGCUCAUCGCAUCGAGCUUCUCCACUCAAGUCUGCCACCUCAUUCUCACUUUCCUCUAUGCACCAACAAUGUUCUACCUCGACGAAUGGUUCAUAAACAAAAAGGGCCUCGCAUUUGGAAUAAUGUGGGCAGGAGUCGGAACAUCCGGCGUCAUCUUCCCCUUCCUCCUAACCACUCUCCUCGACGCCCACGGCUUCGCAACCAGCCUCCGCGUCUGGGCCAUUGCCAUGCUAGUUCUUUGCCUGCCCCUAAUCCACUUCGUGAAACCCCGGCUCCCCACACCGGCCCCCCCUCUUCUCCGCCAACCAAUCUCCUACGCCUUCCUCUUCACACGGACCCACGUCACUCUGCAACUCUGCAACAUCCUCGAAGGGCUCGGUUUCUUCCUGCCGGCCAUCUACCUCCCAUCCUACGCCCAAUCCCUUUCCCUGCAACCGAUCGCCGGCACCGCGCUCCUCGCCACACUCAACAUCUUCUCCGUGCUAGGAUCGAUCGGGAUGGGAUUUCUCUGCGACCGCCUCUGCGUUCACACCGUAAUCGCAAUCUCCACCGCGGGUGCAACACUCUCUGUCUUCCUUCUCUGGGGCUUGGCGACAGAGUUGCCGCUGCUGGUUGUGUUCGCAGCAACGUACGGCUUCUUCGCAGGCGGCUUCUCGGCGACUUGGGCGGGCAUGAUGAAGGAGGUUCAGAGGGUUAGUACGGGGGCGAGGAUGGGGACUUUGAUGGGGUUGUUUGCGGCGGGGAGGGGCGUUGGUGCGGUGUUGAGUGGGCCGGUUAGCGAGGUGCUUAUGAGAAAGGAUCAUUUAGGGGGAGGUGGGGAGGAUGGACGGGGAGCGAGAUUUGGAUAUGGGACGAGGUAUGGGGUUUUGAUUGUUUUUACGGGUGUUAGUGCGGGUUUUGGGUUGCUUUGCUUUGGGGCUAAAAGGAGGGUUGUUUGA